UGACAGUGCCGCCGUCUCGAAAUCCGUCCCAUCCCAACUGGGUGCCAUGGGGGACGAGCUGAGUGAUGAUGAGCUCCUGGAGAUUCAGGUGCUGGGCUUGGCGGGUGAAGGCUUGACGCUCUCGGUGCCUGCAUCUCUCACGGGCGCGCAGCUCCGGCAGCGGGUCCGACAGCGGCUGCCCAGCAAGGCCGGCGCCCGGGUGAGCCUGCAGACCGGCGCACGGAUGCUCUGCGCGAAGACGACGCUCCGGGAACAAGGUCUCGUGGAGGCUCCCUGUGUGAGCUACACCUACGAGCCUGCAAGCUUGCAGGAUGCCUGGCGAUCUCUGGCAGGUGCCGGAGCUGAGGAGCAGAUGGGUUUGGAUGGAAUCACACAAGUGGAAGGGAUCUACUCUCUGGAACAGCUGAAAGAUGCUGAUACCCUGCGCAGUCUGGAGUUUCACUACUGCUUCAAUCAAGAAUUAGAUUCACUUCGAUGGCCUCGCGAUCUCCAAAGUCUGACCUUUACCGGCGAGUUCAAUCAACCUUUGGACGGAGUCACCUUGCCAAAGGGUCUGCAAAGUUUGACCUUUGGCCAUAACUUUGACCAACCUUUACAGGGAGUGACCUUGCCCGGUAGCCUGCUGAGUCUAACAUUUGGCAUGAACUUCAAACAGACUUUGGAAGGAGUGAGGCUGCCCCAUCAGUUGCAGAGUCUAAAGCUUGGCAGUCGCUUUGAUCGGAGUUUGGAGCGAGCAACUCUGCCCCAGAGUCUUCAGAGUUUGACCUUGGGAAACAGCUUCAACCAAAGCUUGGAUCGAGUGACUUUGCCGCCACGCCUGACGAGCUUGGCCUUUGGCCAUGACUUUAACCAACCCUUGGAACGAGUGUCCUGGCCAGAGAGCCUGCAGAGCUUGAUACUCGGUUUCAACUUCAACAGGAGUUUGGACGAAGUAAACUUGCCUAACAGCCUGCAGAAUCUUACAUUUGGCUUUGAGUUCAACCAGAGUUUAGAACGAGUGGCGUUGCCUUGCAACUUGUGUAGCCUGACAUUUGGCGUGAGUUUCAACCAGCCAUUGGAGAGAGUGACUUUGCCGCGAAGCCUAAAGAGCAUGGUGUUUGGAGAGAGAUUUAACCAGUCUUUGGAUCGAGUGAUCUUGCCAAGCAGCCUGCAGAGCCUCACUUUUGGUGAUCACUUCGACCAGGCUUUGCAGCAUAUGACUUGGCCAGUUUGCCUCCAGAGUUUGACCUUUGGCAGCAGUUUCAAUCAAAGCUUAGAAGGAGUGACCUUGCCGAUUGGUUUGCAGAGUCUCACCUUCGGUGAUGGCUUUAACCAACCCUUGGAGGGAGUAAACUUACCCAAUGGCCUGCAACGCUUGAGUCUCGUCGAUGGAUACAAUCAGAGCCUGGAGGGGCUCAUAUGGCCUCAAAGCCUCAAGAGCUUGAUCUACGACUCCUUGUUCUUGUCCAUGCUCUAAGAGGAGCAGCGAUGCGAUGUUCGUGUGAACCACCCGCAGUUUUCAAGCGUCCGCAAAA